UCUCUUUAUCGGAUUCCAUUCCAACACUCAGAUGCAGAAGUGCAGACACAGCUCUGGUCUCGAGCACAUAUGGGAUCCUGGAGAGCACUAUUGUAACAUCAGUCAUAAAAAUUAGUCCGGAAUGGAAAUGGAUGGCAUGGGAAAAAUUGGAGGGCGGCCAUUGCUGAUCUCAGUGGGAGCAGACAUAUAUGGAAAGAGUUGCCGGACAGUGAUCUAAGGAGCGAUGUCAUAGCUCUCAUUUGAGCCUAGGGAAUUUGCUUGUGCUGUCUCUGGCGCUCAAUGUGAGCUUGAUUAUGAGGGCAUUUUUCGAUGGUGAGAAACAGGGCUUCUUCUCUGUGGAGCAGAGAGGUCCGUCAAUGGCUGCAGACAAGGAAACUCACGCAACCCAGAGGACCCUUCUGUCAGUUUCUUCUUCGUCUGAUAAUGAAGACAUGGAAAGAGUCAUCAAUCUCAACCAGUGAGUACAUUCAGUUCAAUACUCUGUUUCUUUCUCUCUGUUUUUCAAUUGUGUAUAAUCAAUUUCCACCAUUGACGUUUCUUUCUCUCAACAUGCACCUGACCUGUUGUGUUAAUGCCUGACUGAAUGCAGCGGUGACCCGACUAUGUACGAAAAGUACUGGAUGAUGAUGGGUGAGAGAACCACAUUUGUGAUUCCUGGAUGGCACUCCAUGAGCUAUUUCUCAGACGUUAAAAACCUCUGCUGGUUUCUGGAGCCCGAGUUUGCCAAGCAGGUUUUCAGACUACAUAAAUCGGUGGGCAACGCCGUCACUGAAGGCCGUCACAUUGUGGUUGGGACAGGUUCAUCUCAGCUCAUUUUAGCUGCACUUUUCGCUCUUUCUCCGAAAGAUGGAGCUGAGCCAAUGAGUGUGGUAUCUACAGCCCCAUACUACUCGUCUUACCCCGUGAUGGCAAACUACCUCAAGUCGGGAUUGUACAACUGGGCUGGAGAUGCCCAAAGCUUCGAUAAGGAGGGCCCUUACAUCGAGUUGAUCACCUCUCCGAACAACCCUGAUGGAUUCAUCAGGCUGCCUACGGUGAAUCGAACUGGAGGUAUAUUGGUCCAUGAUUUGGCUUACUACUGGCCCCAAUAUACCCCCAUUUCCUCACCGGCAGAUCAUGAUCUGACAUUGUUCACCAUCACAAAACUCACCGGUCAUGCCGGGACGCGCAUUGGGUGGGCUCUAGUGAAAGAUCCAGAGGUUGCCAAGAAAAUGGUCAAGUUCAUAGAGCUCAACACCAUUGGCGUCUGCAGGGUUUCACAGCUCCGAGCUGCCAAGAUCUUGGAAGUACUGACCAACACCACUGAAAAACUUGGCAGGUCGGAUUCUGGCGAAUCCUUCUUUGAGAUAAGCUACCACCUCAUGGCAGAGAGGUGGCGACUGCUUCGAGCGGCGGUGAGCAAUGGCAGUAUGUUUAGUCUGCCUGAAUUUGCACCAGGGUUCUGCCACUUCCUUCAACAGGAGACGCAGGCUCAACCUGCUUUCGCAUGGCUCAAAUGUGAAGACGAUGCAGUGGAGGAUUGCGAAAGCGUCCUGAGAGGGCACAAGAUUUUGACCCGAGGAGGAAGACAGUUUGGGGUUUCCCCAAAGUAUGUCCGAGUUAGCAUGCUGGAUAGGGACAUUAACUUCAGUUUGUUUCUGAAGAGACUGUCCAAAAUCCAGUCAUAACAUCGUGACUGGGGCUGCUCCUUCCUCAAUCUUGUCAUUCUUGUGCCCAAUUUAGGAGAGGCUGCGCUGGUGUGCGAGGACACUGAGGAAGGAGGAGGGGAGUGUGAUCAAUAGGUUUAUAUGUAGAAUAGUAAUUGAAAGUGAUGCAAUUUGUAUCCAUGUAUUUGAUCAUAUGGUUUUCUCAAUGAA